UGUUCCAUAAUGGCGUCUUAAACUCUGGUGACGAGGUUGCACUUGUGAUAUGGCCGGGAGAUUCCUGUGAGUAGGGAAGUCUGUUAUUAUUUUGGAAGCGAAACAACAGAAGAUGGCUUGUCGGUCUUUGAUUUGGGUGACAUUUUGCACGUGUGUAGUGUUCUGCGCCGCUAUUCCAACGCGAAGGCAAUUUGUUUCAAUUACCGAAACCACGUCUUCGGAACCCGCCGCAGUUGUAACCAAUGAAGGAGCGGUUUGGGAUGAAAAUGAUGAUUUUGAUUUAGACGGAGACGAGGAAUGGCUCGGCGAUGCUCCUGCGUCCCCUUCCUCCAUGCCUCAACGUGCGGAGUACGAGGACUAUGAUGACGACGAAGGGGACGACGACGGCUAUGCUAGCAGACGGGGUAGCAAGAGUGAUACCGAGGACGAGGACAUCGACCAUCAGGACGCGGAAGAGGACGAGGAGGAGAACGACGCCGAAUUUCUGUUCAUGCCAUCCAGAGAAACAAGGCUGGUCCUGCAGGACGACGAUGACCAGUCAGGCCCUAUAAAGGUGAGACACACCGGGAAGAAUUCCUACCCUGAAGUGGUAGACUCGGAUAACUCAGUCGAGGACUCCUCCAAAGAGGCCAAAAACGAGGAUAGGCAGCAUUUCGAAUUCACAAUAGACAAUGAUGAAGAGGAAGAUUCCAACAAUGAGGUCGACGACAAGGACGACUUCGUUUUGGAAGACUCGCGCCCGAAGAACGAGAGACGAGAAACCAGCCAGGACGACGAUGAAGAUGAUGACGAUGACAAUUUUGUGGAUGGUGAGGAUGACGACGAUGAUGACCCCAUGUUUGAGAAUCCAGAGGAGGACUCGCAGGUGAUAUACGGAGACCACCUGUUCCUGUACUAACGGGUCUCGAAUAGCCGUGAAUUUUUAUUAUUGUAUGCGCAGUUUAUUUAUUGUGUUGUGUCCGUUUCCGGCACUGAAGCCGGUGUGAUAUUUGAAAUUUUCUUUCUUGGCAAUUGGAGGCGAAAACAUUGCGGUAUCGAUAUUAUUUAGGUAUUUGAUGUAUGAAUAUAUUGAUGUUUCGUAAGUGUUUGAAACUGUUUUAAAUCUUAAGACUGUCGUGUUUCUUUUCCUAGAUCUGUAUUGCUUGUUUGAUGUGAUUCACUUUUCUUUAUCAUAUUUAUUUUUAAUUAAAAACCUUUGGGGAUUUUAUUGCAAAUGGUUGAUUUUGUCAAUGAUAUUUUUUUUAUUUAUUGCAACUAAGGACGGGAUUAUUCAAUUCUUGAUGACCUAAUAUUAAAUGAAGUUAAUUGAAAUCCUGCAAAUAAAAAAAUGUUUGUUUCUUUAUUUUUAUUUCCAAUAAUUUGUUUUUCGGAUUAAAAGCACGGUGAAUUUUGACAUUUUGAAGGUUUUUUUCACUCACUUUUGGCAUAGUUUUUUUAGUUUAGAUUUUUUGCAUUUAAUUCAGCCUGUUGCUUUAUCUAAAUCCAUUUGUUUCAGCAUUCAUAUUGUUAUUGUUAUUUUUAUUACUUAUAUUUCGAGAUUUUUCGAUAGUUUUCAAUCUGCGCACAAUUUUUUUUAGUUCUGCUUUUUUGUUAUAACCUUUGCUUAUAUUCAAGGCAAGUGAUAAAAUGAAUACUUUCUUUAGCCAAUCUCCUAAUAAUUAAAUAAAAAUUUUUUAACUAAAUUUGAAAUGCGUUAAUCACCAUUCUGUAAUCCGAUAUUUAUUUCGUCGUUAAAAUGAUAACUCUAGCGAUAUCUUUUUCCUGGUGCAAAAGAUGAAAUCAAUGAAAAAUUCUUUCUUUUAAUGUCUAAGCAGAAGAUUUUUAUGCUCCGAAGCUAUUAGCUGAUUUGAUAGUUAUACAAAAGUGAAAUAAGAUCCUAGAUUAUUCUUUUUUAUUUAAAUUUCGUUUUUUAUUUGUGGAGAAUGUAGAAAGAGCAUUACGAAACAAAAUCAUAUCUGUCUUAAAAAUCACAUCAAUGUACAUAUCUCUGUUAAUAAAUGUACGUUUUCUAGAGUA